AUGAUGGCGCAGCACACACCACCACUGCUUCUGAUUCUUCUCCUAUGUACUCCAUCUGUCAACUCAUCCUUCCAGCCCGCCCUGGUGUUGGAAAUGGCCAAAAUUCUUUUGGAAAACUACUGCUUCCCAGAGAACCUGGUUGGGAUGCAGGAGGCUAUCCAACAAGCCAUUAACAGCGGAGAAAUUUUGCAGAUUUCGGACAGGAAGACCCUGGCUGCUGUGCUCACUGUUGGAGUACAAGGGGCGCUGAACGAUCCGCGGCUGACUGUGUCAUACGAGCCCAAUUUCGUCCCAGUGAUGCCACAGGCGCUGCCGUCGCUCCCCGUAGAGCAGCUGAUCUGGCUGGUGAGAAACUCCAUCAAGCUGGAUAUCCUGGACAGCAACAUUGGAUAUUUGCGGAUCGAUCGGAUAAUUGGGGAGGAGACAGCAGCAAAGCUUGGUUCUCUGCUGAGGGAUAACAUCUGGGACAAAGUUGCUCAAACAUCCUCGCUGAUCUUUGACCUGAGGUAUAGCACAGCUGGAGAAUUGUCUGGAGUUCCCUUUAUAAUCUCCUUUUUCUCAGACCCCGAGCCUCUCAUUCAUAUUGACACUGUGUAUGACAGGCCCUCAAAUACAACCAGGGAACUGUGGACAAUGCCAUCAACAAUAGGGGACAAGUAUGGAAAGAAGAAAGACGUGAUUAUUUUGACCAGUAAGCGUACCAUGGGGGCCGCUGAGGCAGUGGCGUAUACGUUAAAAAACCUAAAGAGGGCCAUCACAGUUGGGGAAAGGUCUGCUGGUGGGUCAGUCAAAGUCCAGAAGAUUAAGAUCGCUCAGUCUGAGUUCUAUAUAACAGUUCCUGUGGCGAGAUCAGUCAGCCCGAUCACAGGUCAGAGCUGGGAAGUGAAUGGUGUUUCCCCAACAGUCAACGUCAUCGCCAAAGAAGCUGUCGCAAAAGCCAAGUCCCUUCUCGCUGUAAGGAGCGCCAUACCAAAAGUUGUGCAGAGUAUCUCCGACAUAAUCAGGAGGUUCUAUGCUUUCACAGACAGAACUCCAGCUCUUCUUCAACAUCUGCAAUCUACGGACUUAUUCUCUAUUGUAUCUGAGGAAGACCUAGCAGUCAGACUCAACCAGGACCUCCAGACUGUGUCUGAUGAUCCACGGCUCAUCAUCAAAUACAUGCAAGACAAUGCCGCCAUAGCAGAGGAGGACACCGAGCUGUACGACGUUCCAGACGAUAUGAAAUCAUUGAGAGAGCUGGUUGAUGCAACUUUCAAAGUGGAAAUUCUCCCACACAAUACUGGCUACCUCCGCUUUGACAGGUUUGUCAAGUAUUCUGUUAAACUAGAAGAGCUCAUGGCUAAAAAGGUGUGGGAGCCCCUCAAAGACACUGAUUAUCUGAUUAUUGAUCUACGCUAUAAUACUGGUGGAUCCUCUAUAUCUAUUGCCCUUAUACUGUCUUAUCUGCAGGACACCUCACAGAAGCGCCACUUUUUCACAAUAUAUGACAGUUUUCAGAACACAACAACAGACUGUGACUCUCUGCCUCAAAUUACCGGCCCAUCCUAUGGUUCCAGACGUGGCGUUUAUGUCUUGACCAGCUACUACACAGCAAGCGCCGGCGAAGAGUUUGCCUACCUGACCCAGUCCUUACAUUGUGGUACAGUCAUUGGGGAAAUUACAUCUGGGACCCUGAUGCACUCUAAGUCCUUUCAAAUAGAGGGAACAGAUAUUGCCAUUACCGUCCCUUUCAUAAACUUUUUAGACAACAACGGUGAAUUCUGGCUGGGAGGUGGUGUAGUCCCUGAUGCCAUUGUGCUAGCUGAGGAAGCUGUGGAGCAUGUUCACAAGAUAGCAGAUUUUCAUCGAGGGCUCAGGUCCCUAAUCGAAGGAACUGGAGAACUGUUAGAAAAACACUACGCAAUCCAUGAAGUGGCACUAGAGGUCAGCAAAGUACUGUUAAGCAAAUGGACAGAGGGAUUGUACCGGUCAGUGGUUGACUUUGAAUCUCUGGCAUCUCAGUUGACAGCAGACCUGCAAGAGACCUCAGGCGAUCACCGCCUCCACGUCUUCCACUGCGAUGUCGAGCCUGAGUCGCUUCAUGACGUCCCAAAGAUCCCUACUGCUGAAGAAGUGGGAUACAUGAUCGAAGCGUUGUUUAAAAUUGAGCUUCUGCCAGGUAAUGUUGGCUAUCUAAGGUUUGACAUGAUGGCAGAUGUAGAGGUGGUAAAGGCCACUGGGCCUCAGCUGAUCAAAUUAGUGUGGAGCAAGAUAGUAAACACAGAUGCCCUCAUAAUUGACAUGAGAUACAACACUGGUGGAUAUUCAACAGCCAUUCCCCUCCUGUGCACCUAUUUCUUUGAUGCUGAACCUUUGCGGCAUCUUUACACUGUCUUUGACCGCACCACGAACACCAUGGCAGAGGUCAUGACAUUGCCUCAAGUCCUGGGUCAACGGUAUGGGUCAUCAAAGGACGUCUACAUCCUCACCAGUCAUAUGACAGGGUCAGCAGCCGAAGUGUUCACCCGCACUAUGAAGGACCUGAAUAGGGCCACAAUCAUCGGGGAACCAACCAUUGGAGGGUCUCUAUCAAGUGGAACCUAUCAGAUUGGGGACAGUGUCCUGUACGCUUCCAUCCCUAACCAGGUCGUGUUGAGUGCAAUCACUGGCAAAGUGUGGAGUGUUUCAGGGGUUGAGCCUCAUGUCAUUGCCCAGGCAAAUGACGCUCUUCCUGUAGCACAGAGAAUCAUAGCAGCAAGGCUGUUGAAGAGAGAGCAAGGAAAAUAG